AUUCCCAACAUAAGCAGUGUUGUGCGCACAAAUAUUUGUCACUAUGACCGCGAAAAUAAUAAUAAUCGGCGCCGGUGCGGCUGGGAUAGCCGCCGCUAGCAGAUUGUACGACCGCGGAUAUAAAAAUUUGAUCAUACUGGAAGCAGAGAACCGGAUCGGUGGAAGAAUACACACGAUACCAUUUGGGGCCAAUGUGCUGGAUUACGGUGCGCAAUGGGUUCAUUCGAGAAUGGAUAAUAUUGUAUACGAUAUGGCCGCGAAAUAUAAUUUAGUAGAAACCGAAAGCCACCGCGAGAAUGAUCUUUGCAUAAGAUCGAACGGGGAAGAAGUACCUAUCGAACAUUCAAGACGAGUUCUAGAUGUACUAAAUAGUUCCACAAAUGACGUUGAGAAAAUGAAGGUUUACAGGAAAUCCUUGAAUGAUUUCUACAACGAAUUUUAUCAGGACGCCUUACAAAACCAUGAGUUUGAUGGUAUAGAUCCCGAAAUUUGUCAUCAGAUUUUCGAUUUUUUCCAAAAAUAUCACACCGUAUACAACGCAGUUGACAGUCUGACGGAGGUAUCAACCUCAGGGUUAUUGGAGUUCACCGAUCACCAAGACGAGUAUCUUAUCAACUGGAAAACGCGAGGAUUCAAAACCAUUCUCGAUUUAAUGCUGAAGCGACUACCAGAGCAGAACGCAGUCCCGAUACCAAUCGAAGAUAUUACCUUUUUCAACAAACGUGUUACCAAAAUCGAUUCAUUAGCAAACACUCAUCCAGCGGUACGCGUUUUGUGUUCAGAUGACAGCAGUUAUACGGCCGAUCACGUGAUAAUAACCGUUUCCUUAGGAGUACUCAAGGAAUCAUACCGAACACUGUUCCACCCGAAGCUUCCGUCGCUGAAAAGAAAUGCAAUCGAGGGGCUGUACAUAGGGACCAUCGAUAAAAUGGUGCUCGAAUUCGACAAACCGUUUUGGCCGAACGGUUGGCAUGGGUUUGGACUGCUGUGGAAAAGCGAAGAUAUGAAUGAACUGCGCGGAUCAGAUAAAUCAUGGCUUGAGUCCGUUUGCAGUUUCUUUGUACCGGAGUAUCAACCGAAUCUACUAGUGGGCUGGAUCUUCGGAAAAGAUGCCAGAACGAUGGAAACUCUUCCCGAGCAGGAAGUUGUGCAUGGUCUCUUAUAUGUUUUAAGAAAGUUUCUUGUGAUGUUUCGUGUACCGGAAGCAAAAUCAUUCACGCGUAGCACGUGGUACGCCAAUCCCAACUUUAGAGGAUCCUACACGAGUCGUUCAAUGGUUUCGGAUAGUUUGAAUGCCAAGGCCGCUGAUCUAGCAAUACCCUUGGUCGAUUCAAGUGGAAAUCCGGUCGUGCAAUUCGCUGGGGAGGCUACCCAUCCGGAGUACUACUCAACGGUGCAAGGUGCGAUUGGAAGUGGAUGGAGGGAAGCUGAACGAAUCAUCGAGCUUUAUAAAGAUCAGUUUUAGAACAACGAAUGUUGUACAUUGCGGGUAAU